AUGGGUCGUUUGAUUGAGGUCAUUGGCGAGAGAGGAACCCAUAAACUGGGAAUUGUAAGGAAUGCGAAGAUUGUUGAGGUACUAGUAGACCAACAAUGGAGGUUUCGGCAGACAAGAGAUAGAAGCAUUGAACAAGUCCUUACUCGUGUGAAGGAGUUCCCAAUGACUAUAGUGCAAACUGUCGAUGAUAUAGUGACAUGGAAAAGCGGCGAAGAGGAGUUCAAGAAGUCUUUCUCUGCUUUCAACACUUGGAACAUGAUCUGUGCACGAUACGACAUAGUGUCGUGGUCUAAGCUAAUCUGGUUUAAGCAAGGUGUGCCUCGAUAUGCUUUUAUCACAUGGUUGGCUAUCAAAGAUAGGCUCUCUACAGGGACUAGAAUGAGAGAUUGGGGGAUUGUGCAAGGCUGUCUUCUUUGUGGCGAGCCAGAGGAGUCACGCGAUCACUUGUUCUUUGCUUGUCCUUAUACAUAUGGAAUCUGGCUGCAGGUCAUUGGUUCUUUGCUACGUUCUGCUCCUUCGCCGGACUGGGCAGAGAUUCUGGCUCGAAUACUGAGUGUAACACACGACAGACAUGUAUCUAUCCUAUUGCGAUUAGCUCUGCAAGUUACAGUUUAUUACGUAUGA